AAUUUCUUUUUACUCUGCAUUUGAUUUUUUUUUAUUAUUAUUUUUAAAUUUCCUCUUCUCUGUGAUGAAGGCAUUGAUCGAGCUGUGCGAUCUGAUCGCGCAGAAUCCGAAGCAAUUCUCUGAUAGACUUGCGUGGAUUUGCAACCGGUGUUCACAGCCUGACUUGCUUCUGUCCAGAUCCCCAUGCGUUUCACGUUCUCAUCUCAAUGCCGUACUGGCUGUCGCUCGGUUUCUGUCCAAAUGCAGCGAGGAGCCCUUGCCACGUGCUAAAUCUUUGGUGCUUGAUUUCUUCCGCGCCAUUCCGUCGUCAUUUCACCGCUCGUUCUGGCCUCAGGCGUUCAGUAAUUCAAUUUUGUCUUUCUUUACGGAUUUCUUGGGUUACGUGUUGCAAUCUACCGAUGUUUUCCCCGAUUUUGAGGCCGAUAUUGCUGCGGUAUCCGGAGAGGUGGUUCUGGCAGCAGUUAAUUACAACAUGGCUGAAGAUUUGGGAGUGCUUAGAGUGUUCCGCCUGGCUUUGUCGAGAAACUUCCCGCCAAUUCUAGCUUCACAUACGAAUACAGUGGUGACGUGUCUCUUUGAUCAAUUUGCAGUACUCAUUCCGGCUUUACCUAGAGAACAAAUGACAAUUAACUCAGAAACGUCCUCUCACAGGUCACCGUUAAUUUUAAAACAUCUUCAGCUUCAGCACAGUAGCAAUAACGAGAGCGAGUCAAGUCCAGGAAAUGAGGUUAGCAGCCACAUUUCGGUGUCGAGUGUAAUCAAUGGCGGAGGAGGUAUAUAUGGUCAAGUGAAUGAUGUACCACAAGUCAGGCAACAGAUGGCUUUGUACGAGGAAGAAUCACUCGAGAGCUUGGAGAAGCAGGAGAUUGCACUUAAAUUGAUCACGCAUAUUUUGGAUAAAUUACAGAUUGAUUCCAAGCUUCUGGAGCAGGUUAGGUUUAUCGCGAAGAAGCAGCUCCACUCCUUGUGUGCUUUUAUGAAGAUAAGGAAGCGGGACUGGAAUGAACAAGGGCCACUUUUGAAAGCCAGAAUAAAUGCAAAUCUAUCUGUUUAUCAAUCUGUGGCUAGGUUGAAAAUUAAGAGUCUUGCAUCUCUUGAUCCAAAUGGGGAAACCUCUAAGAGGUUGGUCCUUGAUGCUCUUGCAUUGCUGCUUGAAGCUGCUGAAGCUUGUUUGCUCUCUGUAUGUAGAAAGCUGAGAGUUUGUGAAGAGCCGUUCAGUUCACUGCUUUUGGGGAUAGCACAGAUUCCCGUUAUUAGGGGAGGUCAACUGCUGCGUGUUUUACUUAUUUGCUUCAAGCCCCUUGUACUAACUGCAUGUGUGCAGCCCCAAGGAGAUACACGGGGCAGCAGCCAGGGUGCCUUGUUUGAGAGAAUUAAGAAGACAAGUUGUGAGACAAUUGAAUCUGGCUGGACCAAGGACCGGGUACCUGUUGACACAUUUAUCAUGGUAUUUGCUACAAGAUUUCGCGAACGAAAUGAUUAUGAAGACCGGGUUGAUAAAGAGAAACAUAUGGUUCCUCCUCUGCAACUUAAUCUUAUACACCUGCUCGCUGAUGUGACUGUUACUGUUAACAAAUCUGAAGUGGUAGACUUGAUAUUGCCACUUUUUGUUGAGAGCUUAGAAGAGGGUGAUGCUUCAACUCCUAGCUCAUUGUGACUUCACCUUCUUGAUUUCAUGGCAAGUUUAGGUUUUGAGAAGUCUUAUUGUGAAACAGUUGUUCUGAUGACAAGAAGUUACUUGAGUAAGCUAUCAAGUGUUGGGUCUGCUGAAGGCAAAACUAUGCCAGCCGAAGCCACUACAGUACGUGUUGAGACUCUACCUGCUGGAUUCCUUCUAGUUGAUAGUGGUCUUAAGAGUCCCAAAUUGCGUUCAGAUUACCGUCAUCGUUUGCUAUCUUUAUGCUCUGAUGUAGGGUUGGCUGAGUCUAGAAGUGGGGGGAGUGGAGCAGAUUUUUUGGGGCCUCUGCUUCCUGCUGUAGCUGAAAUGUGUUCUGAUUUAGACCCUACUGUAGAUGUGGAACCAUCACUUUUGAAGUUGUUUCGCAACUUGUGGUUCUAUGUUACUCUUUUUGGUUUAGCACCUCCCAUACGAACAUCUAAACCACUAGCAAAGCCGGUUUCCACUACACUGAACAGUGUGGUAAGCACAGGAACCAUUCCUCUUCAAGCAGUCUGUGGACCGUACAUGUGGAAUGAACUGUGGUCUUCUGCUGCUGAACGGAUUGCUCAAGGAACUCCUCCCCUUAUGAGUUGGAGCUCAAUGCUCUUCGCAACCCUGGAAGAGAGGAUCUAUAGUGUGAGGCUCAAUCCAUCUCUGUAUUUGUGCACUAUCUUUCAAAUGAGCGAGGAGACACUACUCAACCUGACCCCAAAGGACGUGGGCGUGAGAAUGGUAGCCCUUUGGCUGAUAUGGGAUAGCAUAUCUUCUCGUCCUAAAAUUAGCUGAGAGAAAUUGGUUGAAUAUGCUAGAACUGCAUUCUCAGUUGAUCAUAGGAUUGCGCUAUCCUUGGCAUCAAGGUUUCGGAUGAAUGCUUCUUUGAAGAGUGAAAUAACAAAUCUGGUUCAGUCGCAUAUAUUGGAACUCCGCUGUAUACCUGAAGCAUUGCCAUAUUUUGUCACCCCAAAGACAGUUGAUGAAGAUUCAGCACUUUUGCACCAAUUGCCACAUUGGGCAGGUUGUUCGGUUACAAAAGUUCUUGAGCUCCUAACUCCCGCAUAUAAGGGUCAUUCACAUGUCAUGGCAUAUGUUUUAAGGGCUUUGGAAUCCUAUCCUCCUGAGCGAGUGACUUUCUUCAUGCCACAGCUAGUGCAGGCUUUACGAUAUGCUGACAAGAAAUUGCUGGAAGCGUAUCUGCUUAGGGCAGCUGAAAGAAGUGAUAUAUUUGCCCAUAUCAUAUUAUGGCAUCUACAGAAUCCAGGAAAGACCCUAACUCUGGGAAGAAUAAGUCAUUUCAAGCAUUGUUGCCCACCGUUCAACAACAUAUUAUCGAGGGUUUCACUCCUAAGGCCCUUGCAUUGUUUCAGAGAGAGUUUGAUUUCUUUGACAAAGUUACAUCUAUUUCUGGGUAUUAUUUCCACUCCCCAAAGAAGAACGCUGAGCUGGUAUUAGGAGGUAUACUUGUUCAAGCUUCUAUUCUUUGGACUGGGUUUUUUACCUUCAUACUCCAAUAGGGAGUUGGAAAAAAUUGAAGUGGAGGGAGAAGACCUAUAUCUACCAACUGCUCCUAACAAGCUUGUGGGUAUUCAGGUGGAUAGUGGAAUACCACUACAAUCAGCAGCAGAAGUUCCAAUUAUGAUCACAUUUAAUGUGAUUGAUCGGGAUGGUGACCCAAGCAAUGUGAAGCCCCAGGCUUGCAUUUUCAAGGUUGGUGAUGAUUGUCGACAAGAUGUUCUUGCUCUUCAAGUGAUAUCACUUCUAAGAGACAUAUUUCAAGCUGUUGGACUUAAUCUUUAUCUUUACCCAUAUGGUGUUCUCCCUACUGGCUAUGAGAGAGGUAUAAUUGAGAGAUAUAGCACCAAUUUUACUGAAUUAGCUGUUCUGUUUGAAACUGGGCUCGUUGGGUCUCCCAGUUUUGAAACUGCACGUGAGAACUCCAUCAUCAGCAGUGCUGGUUAUGCAGUUGCUAGCCUCUUACUUCAACCCAAGGAUAGAUACAAUGGGAAUCUUCUAUUUGACAACCAGGGGCGGCUUGUCCAUAUUGAUUUCAUUUUGGAAACCUCAUCUAGUGGAAAUAUGCGUUUUGAGAGUGCACACAUCAAGCUGAGCUAUGAUAUGACCCAAUUACUAGAUCCAUCUGGGGCUAUGAAGAGUGAUACAUGGUAUCAAUUUGUGGGCUUGUGUAUUACGGGUUAUCUGGCUACUCGGCGUUAUAUGGAUGGUAUCAUCAACACAGUGCUGUUAAUGCUGGAAAGUGGAUCACAUUGCUUCAGCAGGGGUGACCCAAUUGGAAAUCUUCGCAAGAGGUUUCAUCCAGAGAUGAGUGAAUGUGAGGCUGCCAAUUACAUGAUACACGUAUCCGCAGACGCUUACAAUAAAUGGACCACUUUUGGAUAUGACAUGAUACACACGGCAUUGAGAAGUGAGGUAAAUUUGGGCUUUGUCUUCAAAUGUACAUUAUUGUUUGUAAUUCUUUUCUUAUAGCAGUGAUU